GUAGCGCGAACGGCCCGUUCUCGUUUUGGAGAGAUGCGGCGCUAUCCAUUGCAUAUCAACGUAGCCCUCACCGUCGUUCUAUCGGCGAUUUGUGCAACCGUCGUCGUCGUCGUGCGUGCCGGAAAACAAGAAAGAGAAGUCUGGUAUGAAGCGGCGACGCGGGCGAUCGAGGCACGGAUUAGGACGGCAGCGAGUUCCAGCGUGAGCGGCACGACACCACCGACCGGGGUAGCUCGCGGCGUCGUCCUUUUCGUCGGCGACGGCAUGGGGAUGAGCACCCUGACCGCGGCGAGGAUUCUUUCAGGUCAGCGUCGCGGGAAUCCGGGCGAGGAGACGCAGCUCGCGUGGGAUAGUUUUCCGGCGGUGGCAUUGGCGCGGACGUACAACACGGAUGCUCAAGUUGGCGAAUCGUCGGCAUGCGCGACGGCACUACUCUGUGGAGUUAAAGCCAAUUACGAGACUGUUGGUCUGGAUUCGUCGGCGCGUUUCGAGGAUUGUUACUCCAGUUUCGAAGCGCGCGUUCCUUCGCUUAUUAAUUGGGCCCAGGAUCAAGGCAAAUCGACAGGGUUGGUUACUACCACCAGGGUCACACACGCGACACCGGCGGCUCUUUAUGCGCAUGCAGCCAGCCGUUACUGGGAGGACGAUGGAAAGGUGCCACCUGCUGCACGUACCUCCUGCAAAGACAUCGCGCGUCAGCUGCUCGAGGACGAGCCCGGCCGUAACAUCACCGUUGUGCUCGGUGGCGGCAGACGUCAUUUCGUACCGAAGGUGACUUUAGAUCCCGAAGAGCCAGAUAAGGAAGGCAGACGAUUGGACGGUCGAAAUCUCAUCGAGGAGUGGUCAAGGAAUCAUCGUCGAAAGAAUAUACCCGCAAAGUACGUCUUUAACAAGGAGCAAUUUGAGAAUGUGGAUCCGCGGAAAGUGAACCGUCUUUUAGGUCUCUUCGCCUAUUCUCACAUGGACUUCGAUGUCGACCGAAACACGAACGACACUGGCGAUCCUUCUCUAGCCGAGAUGACGAUUAAGGCGCUUCGGAUACUUGCGAACAAUCCUGAGGGAUACUUCCUCUUCGUGGAAGGUGGAAGAAUCGACCAUGCUCACCAUUACAACAACGCUUAUCGCGCGCUGGAUGAGACCCUGGCAUUGGAGGAAGCUGUCCAAGCAGUUAUGAAGGAGGUCGAUCUCACGGAAACGCUUCUUGUGGUAACGGCGGAUCACUCACACGUAUUAACCCUCGGCGGACUGGCGACACAUCGCGGGAACCCCAUAUUCGGUUCUGACAGCAAGUUGUCGGACAUUGACGGACAGCCCUAUACAACGUUGCUGUACAGCAACGGCCCGGGAUACACACAGCCGCGGACUAUCCUGCGGGAGGCUGGCAAGGAUUCCAUUCAGACGGCGGGUGUGCCGAGGGCGUGGGCGACGCACGGGGGCGAGGACGUGCCGGUGUUUGCCGUUGGGCCCCUAGCAAGCAUCCUGUUCUCCGGCAGCAUCGACCAGAGCUACAUUCCGCACGCGAUCGCCUACGCUGCCUGCCUGGCCCAUCAUGCUAGCCGUUGCUCACGGGAUCCUGCGGGCGGUAAUGCCAGCGACACAAUGAGCUCCGCACCGAUAAGCUGUCCCUCGGCGGAGCCCAACAGCGCGGCGAUAUCAAGCGACGUGAUGAACGGCCACCAGGCGCGAAAUCAACCCACGAAAUCCGCUAGUCCUCGCUGUUCGUCGAUCGCUCCCUUGUUACCGCUGCUACUGCUGCUGAUGCUGAUGAUGCCCCCCGUUCUGCCGAUUCUCCGGUGUCCCUUGGAAAGGACGAGUUAAUGCGAUCUAAUGCUCUACCGCGUGUCCGAGAGUGAUCGUCCGUGUGACGUCGACGAUACACGAUAGUGGAGAAGCCACCGAAAUACUCGCGACCUGGGCACCACGCUAAUAAACGGUCGAUUGAGCGACCGCAAUGUAAAUUUGACGGGACGGCAACGGCGAUGAGAGUGGCCGUUUUGAGAGCGAGCAGUGCAAUAUCGUCUCGCGCUGGUAAACCGUUAAACGGAUCGUUUGCGCCGGCAACCAUCACGCUACAGAAAAUCGCCGAGUGCUGGUGCAAGCGGCAGGAUAUAACGCGUAUGAGUUUUUCGUAAGGUGGGAGCGGAGACCUAAUAGACGAAAUUCCUGACGACGAUCUUCUCGUUGUAAAAAGAACGAAAGGAAUGCAUCUGCAUUCCUCGUAAGACUCAAAUCGGUUGACAAAUCGACGAUGGAUCGGGUGUUCGGAACGGAUCGAUACACGACGAGAGCUAAAACGUCAUGUGGUGGACGUAUCAUUCCUAAAUUCUCUCGUGUAUUUUUAGCCUCGGUAUCUCGAAACACGAAAAACGCGACUAUUUGCAUUAUAUAUUUCACGCAAGUUUAAUUGGUACACAUUCUUGUUUGAGGUCAUCACCUAAAGAUUCUACAAAUUUUCCGCUAAUAGCUGAAGCUUUUUCAAUGAAGAGCUUUAAUAAGGAGAUUGGAAGUGGAGCUUCUUGCUCACUCACAUUAUCUCAGGAUUUUAAAAGAAUUUAUAUUUUUGAUUUAUAUUUUUUACAUAAUUUAUACAUUUCCAUUUUAUAUUAAUUUUAUUAGUUAUAUUUGAAGAAAUAUUUCUCGUUGUUAUUUUUUCUAAAAAUUGUAAUUCUUGCGUAAUUCAUGAGAAGAUUAUUAAUCACCAAUCGACUUUGUGAAAUAUUUCAAAAUUAUCAUUACUUUUUGUAAUUAUGAUUUUUUUAAAUCAAUUUAAAAAUUUAUAUUUUUUAAUAAAA